GUGGAUACAACUUAAACCUCCUUAUUGGCGCAAUUUGCAGUUGUCAAAGUGUUAUUACUCCUCGUAAAUUUAUUAUUACGAAAUGUUUAAUUAACGUUAAAUAAUCGUGAAUUGUUACUAUUUUCGUAUUUUUUUAGAAGAUCUAACUUAAUACUGAAUGACAGAACUGAAAGAAAAAUUGAUAAAUGUCCUGAAAAUGCAAUCCUGCAUGUAAGAACAAGUUUUGAAAUUUAAACAUGAAAAAUGAAGCGCAAAACUGGAGUGACGAACAAAUUUUAGGAUGUUGCCUGAGAGUGAGGCAAACACUGAAGACAUGACUGAAGGAGGAGAAAAUCAAGUCAGCAGUGAUAGUGGAGCUGAUGCCUCUGAAUCGCGAUCUGUUCAGGGGGAGGUUUCGAAUGAAGGAACGGUGGAAACAUCAUCUGGCUUAUGUCAAGAAGUUACUGCUGUCCAAGGUGUGACUCAAGGCGACAAUAACGAUGCUGCUAAUGAAUCAACCUCGAGUCGAGUAAGCUCAGUGACAGUCGUAUUACCUUGGGGAGCGCAAAAAGAAACCUGUAAACCACAUCAAAUAGCAGACAUGGAUCUGAGACCAGGAGAAUUUGUUAUGCGAACAUUGUUCGCUGAUUUCACGACACAAGCCGAAAAGAAGAUGGAAGCUGUUAUGACUGAUCACGAAAAACCUCUUUCGAAAGUUUUACAACGCGGCGAAGAUCCACAAUUCGAUCAAUUGCUUUCGGCUUUUGGCUCGGUUGCUGAACACUGUCUGCCAUCGAUUCUCAGGGCUUUGUUCAAUUGGUACGAGAGGCAAUUAGUCGACCAUGGCACUGAUCAAAAGAAACAAUCGUCUGCGAAGGAGGAUCAAAAAGGAAAGAGUAUAAUGUAUACGAUAGUUUCCGGCAGUGUGGAGACUGUUGAGCGAAGUGAAGCGGAUUUAAUGCAGGAACGAAGGGAUUUAUCAGUGGAAUUUAUAUUUUGUUUAGUGUUAAUUGAAGUACUACGUCAAUUACCAUUCCAUCCAGGACAUGAGGAUCUCGUAACGUACAUCGAAAAUAUAGCUUUUAAACACUUUAAGUACAGAGAAGGAAUUCAAAAUGAACCAAACGCAGCGAAUAUUCACAUUAUUGCUGAUUUAUACGCUGAAGUGAUUGGAGUCCUUGCACAAUCUCGAUUUAUGUAUGUGCGUAAACGUUUUAUGAUCGAAUUAAAGGAACUAAGAGCAAAGGAACCAGGACCUCACACUACUCAGAGUAUUAUUUCUUUACUAAUGGGAAUGAAAUUCUUCAGAGUAAAGAUGGUUCCUAUCGAAGAGUUUGAAGCAUCAUUUCAAUUCAUGCAAGAGUGCGCUCAAUAUUUUUUAGAAGUGAAAGACAAAGAUGUAAAACACGCUCUUGCUGGACUAUUUGUUGAAAUUCUUGUACCUGUUGCUGCUGCUGUGAAAAAUGAAGUAAAUGUUCCUUGUUUAAAAAAUUUCGUCGAAAUGUUGUAUUCGACUACUCUGGAUAUGUGCACAAAGAACAAACAUCGUUUGGCACUUUUUCCAUUAGUAACCUGUCUUCUCUGUGUGAGCCAAAAAACAUUUUUCCUUCAGAGUUGGCAUUACUUUUUAGCAAUGUGCCUCUCUCAUCUGAAGAAUCGAGAUCCGAAAAUGUGUCGAGUUGCUUUAGAGGCCUUGUACCGCUUACUUUGGGUUUACAUGAUUCGCAUAAAGUGCGAGAGCAAUUCAGCAACGCAGAGUCGCUUACAGAGUAUUGUCAAUUCACUGUUUCCAAAAGGAUCAAAAGCUGUUGUUCCCCGUGACACACCGUUGAAUAUUUUCGUGAAAAUCAUUCAAUUUAUUGCCCAAGAAAGACUUGAUUUUGCAAUGAGGGAAAUAGUAUUUGAUCUUUUAUCAGUUGGCCGUCAUGUGAAAAUUAUUUUAACUCCCGAAAGAAUGAGUAUUGGACUUCGUGCUUUCUUAGUUGUGGCUGACAGUUUACAGCAAAAGGAAGGAGAACCACCGAUGCCCCGCACCAUGGGAGUUCUUCCCAGUGGAAAUACAAUGCGUGUCAAGAAAACGUACCUCAACAAGAUGCUGACGGAAGACACGGCAAAAAGUAUAGGAAUGUCCUCCUAUUUUCCCCACGUUCGCCGUGUUUUUGUCGAUAUUCUACGAGCACUAGACGUUCAGUACGGACGACCUCUAAUGAUGACAAGUACACAAAACAUUAACAAAGAACCCGACGAGAUGAUGACAGGAGAGCGAAAACCAAGAAUCGAUCUAUUUCGCACGUGUGUCGCGGCCGUUCCUCGUUUAAUACCAGACGGAAUGACAGGAGCUGAAUUAGUUGAUUUACUGGCUCGUCUCACUGUUCACAUGGACGAGGAAUUGCGAGCCCUGGCUUAUCAGAGUCUUCAAACGCUUGUUCUUGAUUUUCCCGAUUGGCGACAGGACGUUGUUUUGGGAUUCACGCAAUUUUUAGCGCGCGACGUGCAAGAUACAUUUUCACAAUUAGUCGACAAUGGUCUGAGAAUGUUGCUGCAAUUAUUGACAAGUUGGAAAAAUGCUCUAUCAAGUCCAAGCGUUCGUUCUAAGGAGCAGCCAACAGUUGACACGAGUAGAAUUCACAUUCGAAUUGAGAAUGUGAAAAAAAUUGAAACUGCACAAAAAAUUGAACCAGUUUCGAGUGUUUUUCAUUUUGUCGAAGGUUUUGCACUUGUUAUGCUGUGCAAUUGUCGUCUCUAUCCACGACGUUUGGCUGUGCAUAUUUUGAGGGAAAUUAAACUCCUGCUGAAAAUUUUGGGAAGUCUGGAAGACGAUCAGCCUGUGAUUGAUGUGAUAGACGCGUGUUGUCCGGCGGUUUUAGAAAAAUGCUAUCAUAUGUUGCCACCUGCGGAAAAAGUGGCCGCAGCAUCAAAUUCGAAUGUCGAUCUCCAGUGGAUUGCUGACAGAAGUAGUUGCGUUUGGACCGCUGGUUUCCACGACGAGAAUAGUACGAAAAGUUCGUCAUCUCUAAAUUUGAAUGGCGCGGAUCCCUGGAGCAGUUGUUUAUUUGCAUUUUUAGAAAAGGAUCGUGUUCUUACUCUUUGUUCCAAUGCUGUGGCUCAUUCAUGGCCGAUUGUGUUUACUCGCAUCAAUUCUUUGUACACUGUCGUCGAUCCAACACCUGUGAACGACAAUAGAGCAUCCCUCCUGAGAAGUUCAACUGCAAUUAGAAAACCCGUUAAUGAAAGAGAUAUUUACAUGCACGUUUGGAAAAAUUACCUGACUUUUGGAUAUCGAGUUGUGCCUCCAAUUCCAAGCCCAGUUGUUCGAUGUGCAAGUCCCGAUCUCAGUCUAAGUGGUCAGCAAACGGUGGAGUUUGGUGUGUUGUGCAUGAGUAAGGAGUUGAGUCAAAGCCUGGAAAAUCUCGGUGGGGCGCAGACCCUACCGGGUCGUUUCUCAGUACCCUCCAUUUCCGGAAUCUACACCAGACAUAAGAGGACAAGCUCAUCGCCAGAUAGUCUGUCCGCUGAACGAGGUGACAAUAAAUCUCCAGGAACAAAUGCCAGUCCUUCAGCUUUGUAUAAAUUAACAGUGCCUUUACUCAGGUGCGAGGCAGUUGAUGUUAGAGAUGCUGCCGUUCAAGCAAUUGGCAAAGUAAACGCUGAUGCACUAAAAGAUUUAAUGGAGGAAUUGGUGCCCUAUAUUAAAGAAGCUGUUGAUAGAAAACAAGAGAAUAUGCGAAGACGACGAAGACGUGAUGCUCUUCGAUUACAACUUGUCCGUGUUUUGGAAUUAAUCGCCGAAUAUGGAACAUUUGGAAUCUGCCCAGCGGUGUUAGACCGUGAAACACAAUCGCUGCAUCCCACUUUUAUUGAAUAUAUGGAUGGUGCGAGAUUAUUUUUGGAAAAUGAAAAUGAUAAGGAAGCCCCUGCUGUUCGGGAUAUAAAGUUGCAUUUUUGUAAUUUUAUUCGAAAAAUGAUUAAGAGCUUCACAUUGGAAACGUGUCACACACUUUUAAAAAGGGAUUUACGUCGCAAUUUAUUUACACUUUUUGCCAGUUGGGCAGGACCUUAUGGAAGACCUAUCACAAGUUCUUCAUUAUCGUAUGAGGAUGAGAGGACCAGCUCUGAAUUGCAGCUCUUUGCACUUCAAGCCAUGAGUGGAUUAUUGUGCUGCGGACCAUGUUUUAAUCCUCAAUCCCUAUCUGAAGAGGGUGCAAUUCUAUAUCAGUGGCUAGAUCUUUUAUUAUCCAGCAGAGAUGAAAAGAUUUAUAUUCUGGCCCGAGAAACAGUUGUACUACUUUUGGAAGGAAAUCCAGAUAUUGGAGCUCUUCUUGAAUGGAUUGUCGAUCGCUGUUACACUGGAGCUCCUCAAGUUGCUGAUGGAUGUUUCUUAGCACUGGCAACUAUUUUCAGCGCGAGAGAAUAUCCUUGCGAUCAUUAUACGAGUGUGAUAAAUGUAACACUGAUGAAUACGGGAUGUCCAAGAGCACCUGUUCACGAUGCUGCUUUGCAACUUCUACAACUACUUGAUCAAAGAUUCUUUGGUAAUGUGAGUCCUUUGAUUGCUACGGAAUAUGAUAAUGGACAAGACGAAUUGGCGGUUGGUUCAUCAGCUGCUGGGACAGGACAAAUUAGUACAAUUACUGGUGGAAAAUUACGAGGUGGUACACUUGAUGCUUUACUAUCAACAACUUAUUGUCGAAAUCAAAUGUACCUUUCACGUCAACUUGCUCAACUUCAUCCGGAACUGACAAUGCCCAUGUUUAGUGAAAUCACACACAGAUUUCAAACUGCUCGGAGGGAAGUGCGUCAGUUGCUGCUGCAAUAUUUACUUCCUUGGCUUCAUAAUAUGGAACUUGUUGAUCCAAAUGUUCCUCCACCCUCGAAUCCUCUUAGUUAUUACCAGUAUUUUACAAGUGACGUUACUCGAGGAGGAGGUCGUAGGGAAGGAUGGGGCAGUGCCGAGGCUACUGAGAUGGUUCUCAACAAUUUAUUUUAUAUAACUGCAAAGUUUUCUGAUGAGCAUCCAAAGGAAAUAGAAGAAUUAUGGGCGACACUCUGUGGUUGUUGGCCGAAUAAUCUCAAAGUUAUCAUUCGUUAUCUCAUUAUUGUUUCAGGAAUGGCACCCCAAGAAUUACUGACAUACGCAAAACGUGUAGUUCUUUAUUUGGCAAGAGCUCGACCCGAUAGACUCGUCGAUGAAAUGAUGAUCGAACUACAAACAGUUGAAACUCUCAACUGUUUAAUCGAACGAACUGAAACACCACCGUUUUAUCGUUUAACCAGCAUGAGAAAAGCUUCAUCUCACAGCGAUGCUCCUGCGGCUGAUCCCGCUAACCCCUCGAGAGAUUUAGCUGUUGAGAAAGGCACCAUUCAUACUAAACGGCACUCUGGAGAGGAUCCCAUUAAAGCCGGUGGAUCAAAAUCAGAUUCAGCAUUACGAGCACUAGCAACGUUUUCGAAUUCCAGAAUCGAGAAAACAAGAACUGCAAGCGGACCUGCAAUACUGCCGGAUGAUCUUUCCACUCCGACAACGGAGCCAGAGAUGAAUACUGAUGAAACAUGUUAUGUCUCUCGCAAUGGAGCAACAGGUGUCAGUGGAAAAGUUGUUUGUGUUGGUGAAAUAUUCGAUAUUCCCCAACCACAUCCAUUACCAAUGCCUGAGUAUGGAGGAUACUUUGCACCGCUAACUGAAUAUUUACCAGAUAGUUCACAACCUAUCAGUGGAUUUCAUCGAUGCAAUAUUGCAGUGAUGCUUCUGACGGAUGUUGUCGUUGAUGGAAUACAAUUAGACUGGGCAAUUCACGUACCAUUGAUGUUGCACAUUAUUUUCCUUGGUUUGGAUCAUUCGAGACCAUUGGUGAGAGAUCAUUGUCGAUGUUUAUUGUUGAAUCUCCUGGUUGUAUUGGGCGAUCAUCGUGAUCAUCUUGGCGUGGCUCGCGUUUUACUUGGAACAAAAACAGAGCAAUUGGGACUUGGAUUGUCAACACCGCCAUUGCCUGUGAUUGAGCAUAAUUUUACGGAAGUCGAUCCGGAAUUUGAUAGUUAUCUUUAUGGUCCGUCAACUGUUCCUAGACCUUCGAGUCCACCCCAAGUAAAUUCACCACCACCGACUUCGCCAUCGUCAUCUCCACCUUCGCCACCACCACCGCCGCCUCCACCUCUCCCACCGCAAUCGCCACCACCUCCUCCACCUCCCCCGCCGCCGCCACCACCACCUCCUCCGCCUUCCUCGUCAAAUAUCACUCCGAAUCAUUCUCCUAUCAAUACGUCUUUAACGACAACAUGCUCAAUAAACCAAGCAGUUCAAUCUCUCGCCGAUUCGAAAAUUCAGACCAUUUACUCGUACGAGACAACGUCGGGAAGUGGAUGGCCACCAUCAGUAAGAACAGUAACAACUAUUGGAUUACCACCAGUGAUUGUGACGCCUGAGGAUGGUGUUAAUUGGACUGGACCACAAUCUGGUUCAAUUAUGUCCAUUCAAGAUGUAAUUAAAUCGUUGAUUAAUUUUCUCGCCUCAAGGACAAAUCAACCUUUAUGGAAUUACGAAGACAUGACUGCAAAAGUUUGGUACGUUCGAAGUGCCGAGCAAUUGACAAUUUUAUUGCGUCACGUAUUGAGAGUCUUUAGAGAAUCAUUACCUCAUGCACUUGUCAGUGAACGUUGGGCACAAACUGCCCUUCAAUUAGGACUCUCCUGUUCAUCGAGGCAUUAUGCCGGCAGAUCGCUUCAAGUGUUUCGAGCUCUUCGCGUUCCCAUCACCUCGAGAAUGCUCUCUGAUAUUUUAUCGAGACUGGUGGAAACUGUCGCUGAACAGGGCGAAGAUAUGCAGGGAUACGUGACGGAAUUACUCUUAACUCUCGAGGCAGCUGUCGAUUCAUUGGAAUCAGAUUUCAGGCCUUUAGAUUUUAUGAAAGAAAUCUUUAAAUCCACUCCCAAUUUGAAUAAUAAAGAUGCAGCGUCAAUUAUUAAGAAAACGGGAAAUAUGUAUCCAGCCGGAGCUCAUGUUUAUUCGCAUCUAUAUCAAUCGGGUCACACGCGAAGUACAAGUUAUUCGGUCAGUUAUUGCAUGCGAAAAUCAGCUGCAGCAAAUACAAGUGACGUGAAAGAACUGGAUAAUCGAGUUGGCAGUAAAUAUCCAAAUUCAAAUCUCUCAAGAUCAAGAUCGGCGCAAUCAUUGAAAUUACUGGGCGAUUCGGCAACGCAAGAUGAUAAAAUGACAAUUUUGGCUCAACUAUUUUGGCUUUCAGUUUCACUGCUUGAAUCUGAUUAUGAGCAUGAAUUUCUCCUUGCACUGAGACUUUUGGAUAGAGUAUUGCAUAGACUGCCUUUAGAUCGUCCAGACGCAAGAGAUAAAGUUGAAAAAUUACAGCAACAACUCAGAUGGAACUCAUUUCCCGGAGUGCAUGCACUUUUGUUGAAAGGCUGCACCAGUCCUAAUACAUAUGAGCCUGUUGUUACUUUAUUAUCUCAAUUUACGAUCUUUUUGGAUUUGCCUGUUGUUGAUCCAACGCAAAGUCUCGCUUUUCCAAUGAAUGUCGUUUCAUUAUUGCCGUAUAUGCUGCUUAAUUACGAAGACGCUAAUGAGCUUUGUAUACGAAGCGCGGAAAAUAUUGCUCAGGUAAGCGCUGAAAAAGGAAAGAAAUUAGAAAAUUUGGGAACAGUCAUGACUUUGUAUAGUCGUCGAACAUUUAGUAAAGAGAGUUUUCAAUGGACAAAAUGUGUCGUUAAAUAUCUUUACGAUACAUAUGCGCAUUUGAGUUUCAAUAUGUUGGCAUUUUUGGUUGAAGUUUUGGAAAAGGGUCCAGGAAACGUUUCACUUCCAGUUCUCAGUAUUAUUCAUUGUAUGUUGCAUUACGUUGAUCUCGCUUCACAAGCUGCACAACCAAUCACUACUGAAUUAUUGCGAGUUAUUUCCAAAUAUGUCGAGGGACCGCAAUGGAAAGAAUCGUUAAAAAUUCUGAAACUAGUCGUAACACGUUCGUCGACUCUAGUUGCACCGCCGAUAUCGCUUCAUGGACCAAAUUGGGAUUCAUCGUCAGCUUCUCCGCAUCCAAGUUUCACGGACACGGAAAUAUUUACGAAAAAAGAAUUACCUGGAAGAACAAUGGACUUUACUUUUGAUCUUUCACAAACGCCGGUGAUUGGAAGACGUUGGUUAAUUCGUCAACUUGCGGAGGAGAAAAAUUCUCCGAGACGAUCUUUGUCACUUUCGCCAGCUGAUAAUAAUGCAAUUUCCGGUUGGAAGAAACCUUGGAUGUCUCAGAGUCGUGUGAGGGAGUGUUUGGUGAAUUUAUUGACAACUUGCGGACAGAGAGUUGGAUUACCAAAGAGUCCAUCGGUGAUAUUCAGUCAGAGUUCCGAUUUGAUGGAGAGACAGUCAUCAAUGGCAUCGUCGACGGAGGAGGUCUCUGGGGCGAAUAACGAUUUGAGCGGUGGUUCACGACGUGACGACGAACAAUUUGGAGUCUUCAAGGACUUUGAUUUCCUUGAAUACGAAAGCGAGAGUGUUGAGGGCGAGAGCACUGAUAAUUUCAAUUGGGGUGUUCGAAGACGUCCUCUCAGCGAAGGCGAGGAACGAGAACCCAGUCUUCGACACUUUGAAGAGAGUCUCAGUGAAAAGACUCUGUCCUCCAGUAAACAAACCACGAGAAAGGGCGUCGCGGAAGAAUCUUCGGACGAUGAAGUUGGAUCUGAAUCACCGUUGGAUGAAGUGCCUGGUGGCGCGGGUACGGGACAAGAAGCUAAUAGUAUUCCUGGAAUAUUCCCGCCGUCGUCGCUGUCUUUGAUUCCAGGUCGUACUCGACACGAUUCUUCAACAAGUGGCUCGAGUGCUGGUGAUUUGGGUGACGUUACGCCUUGCAAUGCUUCGCCGAAUCUUUCCACUUUAAUUCCAUUCAGACAAGUUCGAGAUGACAAUGAAGAAGUUUGGAGACAACAAAUACAAGCUCUAACGACGCAGGCGUCUUACAAUGCUCUAGAUUUCUUCCAAUUGCUUAGCAGAAUUUUAAGAGAUGUUAGCAGUAAAUCAGUGGGUCUCACUCGAGAAGCAAGUGCCUUAUUAAAUAACGGAGGUACAGCUUCUAAUCAACUUGGUACUCAUUUGUCUAGUCAUGCUGAACUUUUAAGUACAAAGGGAGAGCCUCCACUUGUAUGGUUUUCAACGAGCGUCUUCGGAAAUCAAAGACUUAACGAGACCUUGCGAUUCGGAAUGCUUGAGAUACAAGAUCAUCUCGAGACAUUUUUGGAUCGAAAGGAUCACGCCACAGAGUGUUUGGAGGCAGUAAAAACAACAGCGAAGCUUCACGCAUUAGACGAGGCCCAUUCGACUGACGCGAGUCUCGAGGAAAUGCUCUUGGACUUGGGACGAGCUCUCUAUAAACUUCAUUUUCAACUUUUGCUGUUAAUUGAGGCGUCAAAUAAAAUGUUGACCGCCUUGUUGGGAGCGGCGAAAAAUAUUCAAAUUCAAUUGCAAGAUAUGUCGUUGGAAAUUGCAAAUAUGAAAGUCGCUUUGAGUAGAGCUCUCGAGGAGAGUACAGAGAGUGAAAGAGGAACUCCAACGCCAACUCCAAGUUCGAGUUCACUCUCGGGAAGUGGAGCUUUCGAGGAAUUCGCGAGAGUGGCGGAACUUUUGGGCUCUGAAAGAUGGUCCUCUGCUCUUGAGGCUGUGAGACUUCACAGGGCAAAAUGGCCCGGUGAUCCAUUUCAUGACGAUGACGAUGUGACGACUGCUGUAAACAUGUAUUGCAGACACUUGGGACAAGACAGAUCUGAACUUUUUGUGGUAACACGAAGUGACGAUGAAAUGUCUGAUAUAUUCAGUAAAUUGAUGGAGAGUCUCUUUAAAGUUUUAUCUGCUGUGACUGGCCUGGAAGCUUCUACGAAGGCAGCCAGAGUUCAGAGUGAAACUCCCACAAAAAAUGACUGCUAAUUUAGUUCUAGUUUUUAGUUAAUAUAGUCAAUCGUAUUUAGUAGAGUUUUUAAAAAUUCAUCUCAGUGUUCAUAAAAAGUGCACGAGAACACAACUGAAAAUCUAAAGAAGAAAAUAUCACAAUUUUCUAAACUGUGAUUAAUUCAAUAAUUACAUAGAUAAUUGUAUUUAAUUAUUUACUCUCUAAAUCUGAAUUAGUAAAAAUUAUUUUAUUUUAAUAUUCAAUUUGAUUCAAUAUUGAAAUAUCAAAAUCAGUAAAAAAUGAUUUUUGAUUUCGAAAAAAAUUUCAAUUAGGUAGUAACAGAUUUUUAGCGAAAAAUUAGAUAAAUUUCAGUAAAUUAUUAUUAUAAUAAUAAUAAUUAAUAUUUUUAUUAAAUAAUAUUAAUAACUAGUAUUAUCUAUUAAUAUUACUAUUUUUAAUAUUAAUUAAUAAUUCUAAAAAAAUAUUUUUUACUUGUUCUUUAAAUAGUAAAAUUGGACAAAUUUACAACAAACUAUUGUUGUUAAAAUUUUUUACUACAAUUCAGAUUUAGGCAGUAGAUGGAAAAUAUAUCUCUCAAUGUUUCUACAAAAAAAAAAUGUUUCCCAUCGAUCAAAAUAAUUAGACUGACAAUUUUAAUGUCUAUAAAAAUAUUUAGAAUUUUCGACAAAAACUAAUGUGAUUCUUUUCUUUCGUUAUAGAUAAGAAAAGAAUGAAAAUCUGUACAUGAGAGAGAGAAAGAGAACGUUUGAAAGAAAAUGGAAAUCGCACAAAAUUCUAAAAUCAUUUUUAUAAUAAUUUUGAAGUGAAGUGUGACGAUUUUUGGUAAAAGAGAAACAUUUUCACACUACUUCAAAUAUCAACAAUUCACUGUUUUUUGUAAAAAAAAUAGUUUUUAUUUUUUACUCAAUUGGUAGAUAUUUAUAUUAUAAUGCAAUAUAAUGUGCUGGGAAUUUGAUGAAUGUGAUAU